CACCAUCUUGUCCGUCCGAGGGGGGAAGGGGGGACGGUUGGGCGGCACCGUAACUGGGAGCUUCACUGCAUCCAUCGCCAACAACAACAACAAAUAAUCAAAAAAGCUUUGUAAAAUUAAUCUCUUUGUUAAUCUUGUUAAUUUUUUUCGUAACGUUUAGGGACGAUCAUGGCCACGAGUAUCCGUCACCCGGAGAUCCUGUGGGCGCAGCGCUCCGACAAGAUCUAUCUCACCGUGGAGCUCCCGGACGCCAUAAACGCGCAAGUGAAGUUGCAGCCCGACGGGCGGUUCACGUUCACGGCCUCCUCAAAGGAUGCCAAGUAUGAGGCCGAUUUUCAGUUGUUCGGAAGAGUGAAGGUGGACGUGAGCAAUAUCGACGAGGGCCGCCGCCAUACGUUCUGUGUGAUUCAGAAGGAGGAGAGCGGGUGGUGGGACAGGCUGCUGAAGGAGGGUAAGGCGCCGCCGUUCGUCAAGGCGGACUGGAACCGCUGGAUCGACGAAGACGAAGAGGAAGAGGCCGGGAAGCCCGCUGAGUUCAACAUGAGUUCUGCCAUGGACCGGUACCCGGAUUUGGAUGAGACGGAGGACAGUGACGAUGAUGACGACGAAGUCCCUGAUAUGCAAAAGGCAGAGGUGUAGGGUGCGAAUUCGUGACCAGGAUGCUAUUUGCAUGGAUCGGCGUGCAUGCUCGUGGCCUUUUGCUUGCAGCUAUUCAGUAAUCGAUACAAACCAUUUAACAGCCUUGAGGCAAUCGCUCUUGGAAACGGUAUAAUGCACAACCCUGAUUAAGUUCAAGAGAUAGUUGUUUCGUGACGAAGGUGUGUCGAGUAUUUCAAACCCUGACAAAUUGUAAACGAAGAUUGUGUAUCACAGCUACCGGGUCACCUUGACAUUGAUUAAUCCAUUUAUUCAAUCAACCUUUUGACCUUGAAUGCGUACAAUGUACAUUUCCGCGUUUUCUUUCGACCUCCAACAAAUUCCGUCCAGCAAAUUCUGUUUGUAUACAUAUACACAGACACACGCAGAGAUUGUGUGUGCGAAGUAGACCUGAUCAACAUGAUUGACGUCCUUUUUGUUCGUGUGACGAUCCGCCGACAACGCACAGUAUUAGUCUGUGGAGGGCUUCAGAAAGGAGAAGAGCGUCGGAGCAAAUGUGGACUGAAUCUCGUCUCUCUUUGUGCUUCCGAAGCCUCAUCUUCUCACCGUCAAUGCCUUGGCUUCUUUGUCACGGUUUGCUUUGUGACCAAACUCUUUGCAGUUUUUUCAUGUGGAUGUUGUUGCUUUACCAUUAAAAAAAUUUCAAGUAAGUUCAAUUU